AUGACGUCGCCCUCAGAGGAUAUCCCCGGAUACGUUUACCUGGUAGGUGCCGGCCCCGGCGAUCCGUCGCUGAUAACCAUGCGGGGCUUCAUGUGCCUGCGCUUUGCCGAUGUGGUGCUGUACGACGCCCUGGUGAAUCCGCAAAUCCUCCAAUAUUGCGGGCCCCAGGCCGAGCUCAUCUCGCUGGGGCGUCAUGGACGCGGGGCGAUUGUGCCCCAGGGCGAAAUUAACCAAAUGCUGGUCGAUCACGCACGGCAGGGGAAAAAAGUCGUGCGACUCAAAGGCGGCGACCCCAGCAUUUUUGCCCGAAUUGGCGAAGAAACCGACGCUUUAGACGCCGCCGCGGUGGGGUACUCAAUAGUCCCAGGAAUCACGGCCUCGCUCGCCGCCGGCAGUUACGCGGGCAUUCCGCUCACGCAUCGCGAACAUUCCUCGGCCGUAGCACUCAUUACCGGCCACGAAGCCAGCGAUAAGGUCAGUCCGCCGAUCGACUACCGUAAGCUGGCCCACUUUCCCGGCACAUUGGUCUUCUACAUGGGGGUGACCACCGCCCGAACCUGGUCGAAGGGUCUCAUCGAAGGAGGCAUGCGGCCCGACACUCCGGUGGCCCUGGUGCGGCGAUGCUCGUGGCCGAACCAACUCGUGCGUCGCUGUGCAUUGGCCGACGUGGCCGACGUGCUCGACCAGCGCAGGACGAAGGACAAGAUCCGCCCACCGGUGAUUGCCAUCGUGGGUGAGGUGGCCAACGAGGAGAUCGGCAUUGCUCCCUACAUCGAUAAACCACUGCAGGGCGCUCGUGUCGUCGUCACGCGCCCGCGGGAACUGGCCGACGAGUUUUGCUUCAAUCUCGAGCACAUGGGGGCCGAGGUUCUCACGCAGCCCACCAUUGAGAUCGCACCGAUAGCCGAUUACUCGGAGGUGGAUCGGGCCCUGUCUCGACUCGAAGAAUUCGAUUGGCUCGUCUUUUCCAGCAGCAACGGAGUCGAGCAUCUGAUUUCCAGGCUGUUGGAAUCGGGCAAAGAUCUACGCGCACUCGCUGCCGUGCAACUCGCAGUGGUGGGCCCCGGCACUGCGAAGACGCUGGCGAAAUAUCAUCUCAAGGCCGACCUGCAGCCGGAGGAGUUUCGUGGCGAAGCACUCGCUGAGGCUUUGGUUGAAGCCGACGGCGAUCGCUACCUUCUAGCUCGGGCCAGCCGUGGGCGCGAUGUGAUGGUACGGCGACUUUCCGAGGCGGGGGGGCACGUCGAGGAGAUUGUCGUUUAUGAAAGCCGCGACGUUAUGCAGCCCGAUGAGGAGGUGGCCAAGCGACUGGCGGCCGGCGAAAUCGAUUGGAUCACGGUGACCAGCUCAGCCAUCGCCCGUUCGCUGGUGGACAUGUUCGGAGAGGACUUACACAAGACGCAAUUGGCCAGCAUCAGCCCAAUUACUUCUGAGACACUUCGCGAACUCGGAUACCCACCGGCGGUUGAGGCCGCCGUGCACACCAUGCAAGACUUGGCCACGGCGAUUGGUCAGAAGCACUCAGAGUAA